CCGCUGGAGGUGCUGCUGAGGCAUUGAAGGCAUGCAUGAUGUUUCACCUAAGGCGGGGCGAUCCUAACGCCGUGCUGGAGCUCCAUGGGAAAUAUUUGCUGUCGUUAGGGACUAAGGAAGUGUGGGAGGAGCCUCUUGCGGUGGAAAACAAGACGGGAAAGGAUAACGGGUUAGCUUUGGGUCUGCAUACAGAAAAGAUCCCAUAUAAUCCUGCAAAGGUUUCGAUACUUCUUGCUGUCAUCACCGCCCAUGCAAUGUCCGAUUCGUUCGAAGGCGCGUUACGGGCUUUCAUGCAAUCCACCGUCCGAAUCAAUCAGGUUACUGUGAAGGAUUUCUUGCUGAACAUUCCUGAUGCGGCGCUUCGACGCAAGGUGGAAGCUUACAUACGACGGCUUGACACCGCAAGACUCGUAUCACAACCGUCCUUCUUAUCGAAACAGAUUUCGCUAUUGGCCCAAAAUCAGAACGUAGCCCGUCUCGAGAAGCUGUACUCGACCGUAAUCGACGGACUAUCCGGUUCCCUACCGUACCUAACCCUGAGAACCGAUCAGGCCACUUCCCAUACCCUCAUCAUUCUCGAAGUUAGUUGGGCGGCAUUCCUGACUGCAUUUAUGCAGUGUAGGCGCAGAGACCUUGCAGAGAAGUUGUGGGAUGAUGUGAUCAGACAUGGGGCACAGCCUGGCGUCAUUAUGUGGACUGCUCUACUUGAUGGGUACGACAGCAUGGGAGAAGCUGAUGACGCGUUAAAGGCAUGGCAAACGAUGAUAAGCCAAGGGGUGAAACCAGACGCCUUGACAUAUCGUGCUUUAAUCUCGACUCUCUACAAUGCAAGAAGGUCAGACGAGGCCAUCAAAUAUUUUGAAUCGUACGAGAACGAAUCAUCGAAAGGAUUGGUUGGUUCAUCAUCUGACAGUUUGUCCGUGUACAACACCGUGCUCCACGGUCUCCUUACGAACGGACAGGACGAAAAGGCUGUGAUACUACUGCAGAAGAUGCAAGACAAAAGUCCCAAACCUGACAUAGUGUCGUACAACACGCUCUUGCGAUAUUACGGGAGGAGGGCAGACUUCAAAGGCGUGUCGUCCAUCCUAAAACAGCUUACAGAGAAUGGACUGGGUGGAGACGUGUUCACAUACUCGACUAUCCUUUCCGCACUCCUCAAAGCUGGACGCACGGACGCUACGGACAUUGUACUGAAUAUCAUGAAACGGCAGAAUGUGGAGCCCAAUGCUGCCGUGUAUAGUGCAAUAAUUGACUACCAAGUUCGGGAACAGACUGAACAGGGCUUGAAGGGAGCGAUAGAGCUUCUCCAAAAGAUGGAGGAGAAUCCAGAGGCGCAGCCCAACGAAGUCACUUAUACGAGCAUCUUGGCAGGUGUUCACCGUGGCGUUUGGUCGAAUGAGAAACUGGCAGCGGAAUGCAGACAAUAUAUCCUAGGCAGAAUGAAGGCAAGAAGCAUCCAACCCAAUAGGGUGACAUAUCACAUCCUACUGCAAGCGUGCUUUGAUAACCCAGAAUCACAUGGUCUACAGAGUGCGUUGGGCUACUACAGAGAGAUGGUGAAGCGAAAGAUCCAGAUGACACAUGACACCUGGUAUAUCAUCCUGUAUGGACUGGUGGUAAGGGAAGAGUGGGCGGUUGCUGAUGAGAUAGUGGAUGAUUUCAACAAGAGUGGCCUUAAAUCUAUUGGACGACUGGCAGAUUUAGUGACGAGGGUUAGACGGCGGACUGUAAAGAAGAUGAGAUUAGGACCCAAGGCGUACAUUUAGUGCUAGAUAUUAUAAUCAAAUAUAUCAUUUGACUGGCUCAUCGAGAAGCUAACGAGGAUA